AUGUCUAAUAUAGUUGGUAUUGAGUAUAACCGUGUGACGAACACUGCGUCUACCGAUUUCCCUGGGUACUCUUCUCAAGGUGCCAAUGCUUGGGAUGUGGAGAGGUUUAGAGAGACGUUUGAUAUCCAGGUCUCUAGCCAUGAAGAGAGGGAGUUGAACUUCGAUAUGAUUGGUAUUGACACGUCUUUGGCCAAUGCGUUCCGUCGUAUUAUGAUUGCUGAGGUUCCAGCUGUGGCCCCAGAGUACGUUUACAUUCAGAACAACACCUCUGUGAUACAGGAUGAAGUGUUGGCUCACAGAAUUGGUCUUGUGCCAUUGAAGGUGGACCCAGAGAAGCUGGAGAGAUUGGACACUUCUGACCCAGACAACUUAGAAUUCCAUGACAAGAACACCAUUGUUAUGACCUUGAAUGUCAAGUGUACCAGAAACCCAGAUGCACCAAAGGACUGCACUGAUCCAACGAUCCUGUACAACAAUGCGCAUGUCUACGCCCGUGACUUGAAAUUUGAGCCUCACAGUAGCCAAGUGGAAACCUUCGCCGAUUGUCCAGUGGUCCCAUGUGACCCAGAUAUCUUAUUGGCUAAACUAAGACCUGGUCAAGAAAUCAGUUUGAGCACACAUUGUAUACUGGGUGAAGGUAAGGACCACGCCAAAUUCUCCCCAGUUGCCACUGCUUCUUAUAGAUUGCUACCUCACAUCGAAAUUCUAGAGCCCAUUACUGGCGAUUCCGCCAAGAGAUUCCAAGCCUGUUUCCCUAAAGGUGUGAUUGGCAUCAACGAGAAUGGUGAAGCAUACGUGCUGGACCCAAGAAAGGAUACAGUUUCCAGAGAAGUGCUAAGACAUGAAGAAUUUGAAGGUAAAGUAAAACUAGGUAGAGUCAGAGACCAUUUUGUCUUUAACGUUGAGAGCACAGGUGCCAUGCAACCAGAAGAUAUAGUGCUGAAGUCCAUUGAUAUCCUGAAGAAGAAGGCCGAGUAUUUGAAGAAAUGUCAAAUUACCCAAUAA